CCCCGCCGGGCCCCGCGCCCCCCGCACAGGGGAUGCCCGUCCCGGAGCCGCUGCCCUGGAGAGCCCGGGGCAGACCCGGGACUGCCUUCGCCGCCGUCCUGCAGCUGCUGCGGGAGGAGGGUGCCGAGCCCCUUGCCCUGCCAGUUUCUGGAUGCCAAGCACCUCCUGCUCACGCAGCUGAUGAAUGCGUGAAGAAGCAGCUGACCAGGCAAGGAACUCUUAAGCAGCUGCUAAGAUGGGCAUGAGGAUCAAGUUGCACAGCACCAAUCACCCCAACAACCUGCUGAAGGAACUCAACAAGUGCAGGCUCUCCGAGACCAUGUGCGACGUCACCAUUUUGGUGGGCACCCGCUCCUUUGCUGCACAUAAGGCUGUUCUGGCCUGCGCUGCUGGCUACUUCCAGAACCUCUUUCUGAACACGGGGCUGGAUGCUGCCAGGACCUAUGUGGUGGAUUUCAUCACUCCGGCCAACUUCGAGAAGAUCCUCAGCUUUGUGUACACCUCUGAGCUCUUCACAGACCUCAUCAAUGUGGGCGUCAUUUACGAGGUGGCAGAGCGGCUGGGCAUGGAAGAUCUGCUGAAGGCCUGCCAUUCAACCUUCCCUGACCUGGAGAGCUCAACCAUCACGAAGCAGCCCUCCUUGUCCAUGAGCGAAGGCCGGUUGGGUCCUCUGAGCAGCACCUCCUCAGAGCAGAGCCACUCUUUGGGUGAAAUCCGGAGCGGCGGGGAGCAUUUUGGCCCUGAACGGAAUUACAUCUUGCACGGGGAGGUGGCAGGCAGCUACAAGGAGGACGACAGGAAUACCGUGAGUGAAGCCAGCCAGACCCUUCCCCUAAUGCAUCCGCAGCAGCCUCCCAAGACGGAACAGGAGUCAGACCAGGGGCAGUUCGCUCCUGCUACGAGUGUGGUGACCCAGCCCAGCUUGGGCAGUGUGAACAUCGUUGUUCAAACCACGACAAGCUCCUGCCAGCAGUACAAGGUCCAGAGCAAUGGCGACUACGGCAAGGGCAGCUUCUUUACAGCUGAUCCUUCCCUGGACAUUUCCACAGGGAGCAAUUCCUGUCCCAGCAACAGUGACCACUCCAAAGAGCAAGGUUUUGGGCAGAUGGAUGAGCUUCAGCUGGAGGAUUUGGGUGAGGACGAUCUGCAUUUUGAAGAUGCCAGUGAAGAGCUGGGCCCGUCGGAAGAAGUUAUUGAGCUGAGUGAUGACAGUGAAGAAGAGCUGGCCUUUGAGAAUGACAGCCGGGACAGCAAGGCCAUGCCCUGCCAGGUGUGCAAGAAGGUCCUGGAGCCCAACAUCCAGCUGAUCCGCCAGCAUGCGAGGGAUCACGUUGAUCUGCUCACUGGGAACUGCAAGGUCUGUGAAACCCACUUCCAGGACCGGAACUCCAGGGUCACUCAUGUUUUGUCCCACAUUGGCAUCUUCCUCUUCUCCUGUGACAUGUGUGAGACCAAGUUCUUCACCCAGUGGCAGCUGACCCUCCACCGACGAGAAGGGGUCUUUGACAACAACAUCAUCAUCCACCCCAGUGACCCGCUGCCAGGGAAGAUCGCCGUGUUUGGGGGAGGGCCUGGCUCAGAGCUGGCGUGUACUGCCUGCGGGAAGCCGUUGGCCAAAGAUUUCCACACUAUCCGCAACCACAUCCUAGACCACGUGAACUUGAAAAGCCAGACGUGCGGCGUGUGUGACCAGAGGCACCUCAGCCUCUGCAGCCUGAUGUGGCACACCCUGUCCCACUUGGGGAUCUCGGUCUUCUCCUGCUCUGUGUGUGCCAAUAGCUUCGUGGAUCGGCACCUCCUGGAGAAGCACUUGGCUGUUCACCAGAACAUGGAAGAGGCUCUUUUCCGGUGCCACUUCUGUGGCCAGAGCUUCAAGCUGGAAGCGGCGUAUCGUUACCAUGUCAGCCAGCACAAGUGCGGGGGCAGCCUGGACAUCCGCCCCAGCUUUGGAGACCGUCUCCAGCAGCAGGGCCUGCAGAAGAGGAAGCUACCAGAGGAGUUCCUGAGCGAAGACUUGGCGCUGCAAAACCAGCCGGGCAACAGCAAGUACAGCUGCAAGGUCUGCGGGAAGAGGUUUGCCCACACCAGUGAAUUCAACUACCACCGGAGGAUCCACACUGGAGAAAAACCCUACCAGUGCAAGGUGUGCCACAAGUUCUUCCGCGGCCGCUCCACCAUCAAGUGCCACCUGCGGACGCACUCGGGAGCCCUCAUGUACCGCUGUACUGUGUGCGGGCAUUACAGCUCCACGCUCAACCUCAUGAGCAAGCACAUAGGCGUGCAUAAAGGCAGCCUCCCCCCAGACUUCACCAUCGAACAGACUUUCAUGUAUAUCAUCCAUUCCAAAGAUGCAGAGAAAAACACGGACAGCUGAUGGGGUGAGGCAGGGCAGGGCCAGGAAAGGAGCAAAUGCUAAUUACAGAAGCUGUGGAAAAAAUGUCGUCUAUUUUAUUUAAUGAUCAGACAUCACGGAUGGAAUCCUCCUUUUCUAUUUUUUUUAUGUUUUUUUUUGGCCUUGCUAGGGCUUUUUAGAUUGGUGGCAUUGUACAAAUUAACAGCACGUAAGCUACGUCACUGUUUCCAAGAAGUCUGUCGUGUUUACUUACCUCUGGUCCUAUUAGAGGCCGUCGAGUUCUGUGUUUUUAGCAUUUCUGACUAGGUUUCGAAUCUAGAUUUUUAUUUUUUUUUUAACCUUUUAGCCCACUUGACUAGGCUAACUCUCAGUUUGAGCUUGUCCACAAACUGAUGCUGCUAAGAUUUUUCACACCUGACCUCAGAAGAGAGGGACAGAGCCAGAGCUGGAUGGUGCUGGACUCGAAGAAAAGGGAAAAAAAAAAAAAAAGAAAGAAAAAAAAAAAAAGAAAGAAAAAAGGAAAAAAAAGGACUUGUUCUGGGCAUCACUGGGGUUCUGCUGCUAUUGCAAGGAGAUAAGCAAAGUCCAUGUCACCGAAUCAGCCUUGAAGCUGUUGCUCCAUCGCAGGGAGAUGAGCCAGCAGCGUGGGAGUGUGCGUGUGCCAGUGAGCAUGGAGACCUGGUGGUAAAUGAGCAGGAGGGCGGCGGUCGCUCACACGGGUGCUUCCCAGGCACAGCCACGGGGCUCCGGGAGCCCUGCCCAAGCAGGGAGUCAGGCUAGCAGCUUCUCUGCCGUGUCCGUGACACACCGCUCACUUGUGCCCCUCUGAAGGAGGAGACGGAGGAGUGACGCCAGCUUUCAGAAGAGCCCAAGUGGCGGCGGCUGCAGGAAGGGAAGAGGCGGCUGUGUGAGCAGAGUGAUCUCUCGGAGGAGUCGCUGAACUGGAGAGGGCAGGGGAAGCAGGUUCGUGCUGUGGGGUCAGCUGCUCCUUGGGAGGUAUUUUGUGAUGGUGUGGUCACACCUAACUUCUGCCGGCCUGCAGCUGGCCAUCGAGAACAUGACAACAUCCCCUCGGCUCUCCUCUGCCGACGGUGCAUUGGGCUCUGCCAGGACCCUGCGUCCCAGGGCUGCUGGUUGCUGGAAGUGCUGGAUGCCAGAGAAUGGUGUCGCUGCGGCUGCGCGGAUCCCAGCAGACGAGACGUGAUGAAGCUUUGCCUUAAGCUCCCAGGAAGGUACCUUUGAGAAGGACUCUCCUCUCUGCUGACUCCCCUCCUGCGGCUGCUGCCGGGGAUCGCCCUGUCCCGGACAUGUCUCGUGGCAAACGUGCGGUGCAGGAUAUUGUUGGUGCCAUGUGAGUUUGUUCAUCUCUGGUCGGAUCGUGCUGUAACUUCAGCAGGUGCCAGCUGGGGGCUGCGGCAGCUGGUGGGACCCUCAGCUCAGCCUCGGUCGGGCGCUGGUUGGGGACCCUCCUUGGCACGGUGGCUCUGCCAGCCGCGCUGGCAAGGUCAGCCCCUGCUGUCAGUAUUUACACCAAGAAGGGUGGGGAUCGGCUUUUUCCCAUGUUAUCCUGCUGUGGGGCAGAGGUGGAGAGGAACAAAUAUUUCCGAUGCCGCAGCAUGAGUUAUGACUGCCCUUAGGUAACUCAUUCUACCUCACAAACAGGAAGCGCUGAGGGCUUUCAAGCCACAGUCAUAGUAAUUUGGCUCCUGCGCUUCUGUAACAAUAUGCUGUUACAAAACAAAACUAGUGAUUUGCAAACCCUGCAAACUCAUCCCGCUUGCCCCUUCUCUCGAAGGGGCAACCCGCGGCAGAGGAGCAGCGUGGGCUGGACGCGUGGUUGGUGAGCUCGGAAUUCCUGGGGGUUGCUCCCCCCGCUCCACUGUGGCCUUGGGCAAGUCACUUCACCUCUUUGCCUCAGUUUCCUCAUCUGUAAAAUGAGGGCGGUAACACUUGUGGUACCUACCUACCUCCCGGGAGUGCAGCGAAGAUUGCUGGCUUGUACCUGCGAAGCGCGUGGGAGAUGCAAAGCGCUUAGUGAAUACUGAUGUUUAGCAUCCCAGGAAAAUGACAGCCUCCGUCUUUCCCUGUUCUGUGCCAGUUCCUCCACCUGGCCAGGUCGUUUUACUCCUCUUACAGCCUUCUCCAGCGAAAGCAAACCUCCGUUUAGCCCUGUCCCCAUCACAAGCCUGUGAAACCAGCUCUGUAGCAAUAUAAAAAGCGGGGCAGCGCUGCAGCGGAGGGGCUGGGGGAAGCUGCACCAGGGGACAGGAAGCAGGAAUGUGUGUGCUGGGGGGCAGCAGCGCUGUGAUGUCCCCUGGGGUUUGGGGAGCACGUCUCCCCAUGGGCUGGGAGCAUCACUGUCGGGAGCGGGAGGAGUUCGCAUCCUAGGAGAGAGGAGCCAGAGAGUGUGGAGCUGCUGGAAACCCCUGCCCCUCAGCUCCAUCCAUCCUUUGAUCCCCGCGGUUUGCCUGUAGAGCCGCGUUUCUACCACAGCAACUCCAGGUCCGGGUCCAGCCCUGCUGUGACGGGGGAAGAGACAAGAGUUGGUGUCAAACCAUGUCCACGCUGGCAGUGCUGAGCCCUGGCUGGAGCUGAUGGCCCUUCCCAGGCAGCUCCUUUUCCUGAGCUUGCGUCAUCCUCGGUCACCCCAUGGACCUGCAGCACCCGAGUCCAACCCUGCUGCAUGGAGAUGGGGUGGGAGGGAUGGACCUUGCUGAGGAAGAACGAAGAGGCCAAGGUGAGGAUGGCCGAGGCCAUUGGGAGUUUGUGUCAUUUCCCCAGUCCCUGUAGUAUUGGCCGAGUUUGGGGACAACUGGCAUUGCCCUGGGGGGUGUUAAACUGGAUUUGUCCUGAUUUUGGUGCCUGGAGCCUGGAGAGGCACCAAAGUGAUCCCAGACCCUGAGGCUGGCCAGGCUGUGCCGUGUCCACCACUGGAGCUCUGGUUUCCGAACCCCAGCCUCGUGGUACUGGUCGGCUGCCAGGCCAUGGUCUGCGAUCACUGGUCUGCAGAGCCAUGUUUAGCCUAGUGUUGUUAAGUUUAAAAAAAAAUAAAAAUCAUUUUGAGAACAUGUGAGGCUCUAGAAAAGCAUGGGGGUUGGCAGCGGGUCACUGGGGGCUCCUCUGAGGAGCUCCUUGAGUUAUGGGGUGGUUUCGUUGUACUGGUGGUGGCUGGCAGAUGAGCAGAUGGGACCUGCUCUGGUCUGGAGAUUGCUAUGAAGGAUGCGAGGGGGGGCAGCAAGGCUCAGGAGAGCCGAGUCCUUAAAGCCUCAAGACCCUCCUAAAAUGUCCCAGAGGCUUUGAUGAGCUUUUGGAUAGGUUUGGGUGCUGCUGCAUGGUAGUGUCUGCAGCCCCGUGUCUAGAUAAGCUGUGAAGCAGAAGCCUUUUGUGCACAUAAACCAAAAAGAGAAGCUUUUACACUGAAACACUAACGGGCAAAGCAAGCCCACCCUUUGGGACACAGGGACAGGAAGGCAAAAGCCCGUCCUGUUUUCUGGGACGGGGCGGGGGCAGUGCUCGGGUCCCUCGCGUUUGUGUGUCUUGGAUUCUUUCCUGUGUUAUAAUGAAUUAUUCCCACAUGAAACACCCUGAGAUCAGCAGCGAGUCCCGUCUGCUGCGGGAAUGCUGGAAUGGAUCUGGACCUGCACCACUCCUGUGCAGGACGAGCCUCGAAGGGCUUUUUCCCAGGAGGGGUCAGAGACCUGUUGCUCUCCCCUCUCCAGCCAGGUCCUGGUCCUCCCCAGGGCUCUGUCAUCCCCGUCCCCUUGGCCGUGUGGCUGUCUCCGAGUCCGGGGGAGCUCUGGAAAGCUUCAGGGAUGGCGCGACGGGGCUUGUCCAAGACCCCCAGGCUUGUCCGAGCCCCGCGAGGCUGUGUGGCCCUGAGGGGCCGUAGCUCUGACCCAGCUCUGUCGCGGUGGAGGCACCCAGUGAUGGCCAGGGGGCUCUGGGCUGGCGGCCCGGGGCUGUGUGUGCCGGGGCUGCAGCUGUGCACAGCCCUGUGCCAGGGGCCCAGCGCCAUUGGCAGCGUCAGGGGGGGAGCUGGGGUGGACCCCGGCCUCUCUGUCCUUCUGUGACCGUGGGGACGACACUCACCUACCUCGCCUGGGGCAGCCGUGGGGUUUAACUUGUGUUUGCAAAGUGCUUUGGGAUCCUGGGGGGCAUGAGAGGGGAAAUGCUGCGCUGUAGGUGGUGCCGGCAGCGUUUGCAGAGAGCCGCUGGGUCAGGUCCUUGCGCCAAAACCCUGACCCAAAAAUCCCCCUCCAAAAGGCAGCGCUUCGAGUCUUGCUCCGAUUUCUAAAACGCAAAGUUCAGUUUGAUUCUCCCCUUUCUCAAAGGAUCCAGGUCUCUUAUCAGAGUAAUUAAGCAGAAGAAAGAAAAAGAGUUGAAUUGCUGUCUAACCUUUUUUGUUAAGUUAAUAGUAGGUACUGACCUCCUGAUAUUUAAGUGUUUACUAUCUAUUUGCUGUAAAGUUUUGUAUAUUUUGUAAACUUUCCCCCAAAUAGUAGAUGUCUAAAAUCGUUGUACAUCGGGUUCUUUUAUACUCCAUUGUUCAGCACAAAGUGUGGUUUUUAUUUAGAAUA